AUGUUCUUGGAUUUAUGUGAUAUUGGUAAUACAGUUUCGGCUAAAACGUUUCUGGAAAUAAUUUGCGAACUUGGCACUGAUUUUGAAGGUGUUGGCAUCGUAUCAGGCAAAGUUUCAAGCAGUUAUAUAGAAUGUUUGCAGCAAAUCGCUUCAAAAGUGUCAGAAAAACAGUAUGUUUUGAGGAAAUUGUAUUUUUUGUUCGAUAAAGAUCAGAGUGAUAGCCUUCUAGGAGCAGAAUCCAUUUUGCAGUAUUUUUUCACAUACUUAUGUUCGAACAUUAUGGAACCUCUUGAUCGGGAACUAGACUUCUAUCCAAUCAAUGGAAAAGUUUGGAAGGACUUCCUAUUUUCUUGUUGUAGUGGUUACGCGAGUGAUCAAUAUAGCGACUGGAUGCUUUUUAUACAACUCAUGUCAAUGCUUAUCAAAAAAUCUGAAUCAGUUUGGCGAGCAAUGAUGCCACGAAUUUUUUCUAAAUUCCCAGCGAAACGAUUUCGCGAAAUGCCAAUCCAUUCACUUAUUUGCGUAUUCAGCCUCUUUAUCUCAUCCUUGCACAAUACAGAUAUGGAAGAGACAUCCAACAAGGUGAUUUCAUUAGCGACAGCUGCGUUUGAUCCUUCGGAUAAAGAACGUCACGAUGUCUUGAUUAGAGUAGUUCAAUGUACGAAGUAUAUUUUGGAUGAAAAUCAUCAUGAUUCUUCUCAAGCAGUCGCAACGUUGAUAGCAUUGAUGGGAAGGCUUGAUGAUAAAAAAGACGUUUCGCUUUAUGCCGAGUGUUGCAUGUGUAUCGGUGAAAAAGUAUCUGAGAUCGGCUCCUUAAUGCGCUUUUUACCAUCCAUGAGUGACAUGGAUUUGGAACAGCUCUUAGUGAUGACUGCUCACUGUCGAACUGAAAAUAGUGUUCUGUGGAAUGCAGCAAUCAGUCAUCUCAAAAGUCCUAAUUUCUCUAUGGCAAUAAGUUAUAUUGUUGAGCAGUUGGCAAUAAAAUUUGAGCGCAAUCAAUCAGCUUUUCAAAACAUGCGUCAAGUGGUGCAAAAUCUCUUAGCUGAAAAAAGUUGUAAAUUUGAAGUUUGUUUAUACUUUUUACGAGAAUUUUUGAGAAGAACUAACGAUGGGACCUAUCCGGUUGAGCUCAUUGUUCCCAUAUGGUUAGUAGUUACUUUCGAAAAGCCGGACACUGAUGAACUUAAUGACAUAUCUGAAAGUAUUUGGAAGAAUCUUCGAGUGUCAUUUCGAAGAAAUUGCUUGUAUUUUGAAGCUUUUUCUAUGGACUCACCCUCAACAAUUCUCUUAAUACGUUGGCUAUUUGAGACUGUAUCAAAAAACGCAAAUAAUAAUAAGAAAUGGGUUUACGAGAAUAUUAUGAGUUGGUCCGAACUGCUGGUGGCACCUCUACAUCGUAUUUUGAUGAAUGGUGAAGAAACAACAGUGAUGCAAUGCUGUCGUAUAAUGUCCUAUUUAUACAUGUAUGUUGCGCAACAAAUUUAUAAGCCACCCUCAGAAUGUAAUUUUAACCGGUCACCAUUUGUGCGAUUCUGCAAACUUAUACUACAAAAUGUGCUCUUAGUGCGCGAAUUUCCCGCGAUCUUUGUUCGUGAAGUAUUACCUAACUACAUGGCUGGCAUGUUAUCAUUGCCAGUACAUUCUGUGCCGUAUCUUCUGCGUGUUGUUUCGGAUAUACUCGAAAAACACUUGGAUGAUACUGUCUUAAAAGGCAUAUUUGUGAAUAUGCUCAAGGAAAAACCACAGUUGACCACCGCAUUAUAUGCUUCAUCGAAAGUGGGCACAAAAUUGUUCAAUUUUGUCUCACAAAUAAAGUAA